CGUGUGACGCUUUUGCUCCAGCAGGUGGCAGCAAUGUGCCGAACGAGCGUAAAUUCAUCUGCUGGAUUCCGUGAAGAAGAUCGGGCGCAGUACAUGUGCUUAUCGGAUUGAUAUUAACUGGUUUUGGAUGCUUGUUUUAAAACUUUACUACUGGAUUAAUAUAUCAUCGUUAAACAAUGAAUAAUUUACUGAAUAAGGUUUGUCUGCUCCAGAACACACGGGCGCUGGUGUGUGCAGCAUCAUCGGUCCAAAGUCAAGUGUUAACUACACAGAUGCCUUUGGGUGUUUUGCUGACUAACAGACAGUAUAGAUCAAUGCCCACACAUGGUAUCGGAAGAUACAGGCAUCUUCUCCCAAAAGCAUUGCCAAAGAAGAAGAAGGACAAAAUUCAGGCAAAGCAGAUCAAAGCGGCGACAGCCACAGAGUUUGGCGUUCUGAAUGUGUGUGUUUCCGGUUAUGACAUGAGUCUAGUGGAACAUUAUUCCCAGUACAUCCACAAUCUCUGCAGUCACUUGGACAUCAAAGUCGAUGAAUGCUAUGCCCUGCCUACAAAAAGCACAGAGGUCAUGGUGAUGCAGGAGCAAGGCACUAAGAUGUAUUUAGAUGGAGUCCUGAAAACCCAUGAGCGUGUGGUUCAGAUCAGUGAAAUGAAGGCAACACUUUUUCCCAUACUUGCGGAAGUGCUUCUGAAGAACCAGCCUGAGGGAGUGCAGCUCUGUAUAAAGGAGCACACGGAAACAGAUUUUCAAGCCCGGUUCAAAACAAGGCCUGAGCUUGAGGGGCUUAUUGCAAAAAUUAAUAAUUAAUACAUUAUUUAAAAAUGUUUUCCAUAUGAAAUGGCAUGUGUUUUUCCAUGACAGACAGUUUUCUACCGGGUGUGUGCUGUAAUGAAUAAACUAUCUUAUCUUGUUUUCCA